UUCAGUAACAACGGCUUUGAAAUGAAAAUUUUGUUUCUACUCGCUUGUUGCCUGGCUUUGACCAGUGCCUCCGGUGACCUGUCCACCGUGAAACGCAUCGAAGAGUUGGAUGUCUUCUGGGCUCAGUUGGAUCCACAGCUGCAGAUGCUGCGACGACUGUCCAUCAGCCCGGAGAUAAGAGUUGUGAACGGCGCCGAGGCUCGUCCGGGUCAGUUCCCGUACCAGGCGCUGGUGCUUAGCUUCUUCGAGGGAGACAACUCUGGAUUGUGCGGUGGAACGGUGUUGACGCAAAACUUUGUCCUAACGGCCGCCCAUUGUGUCCAAAUUGGAACUGUGGCUACACACGGCAUGGCGAUUCUUGGGGCGCACAACCGUCAGCAGGAAGAACCACACCAGCAGCGAAUCGAGUUUGCUUCGGUUCACAUUCACCCCAGCUACAUUGCGACCUUGCUGAGGAAUGAUAUUGCCACGAUUCGACUGGCCAAUCCUGCGGUCUUCAGCGAGUUUGUGCAGCCGAUCGAUUUGCCAGCCCUGUCCGACAGUCGAACCUUUGCCGGUCUUCAGGGUACCAUAUCGGGAUUUGGACGUACGUCCGAUGAGGACGGUUCUCCGGCAUCCGAUGUGGUCAUGUACGCGAGCAAUCCGAUUCUGACGAACGCCGACUGUCAGGCAGCUUGGAAUUCAAUUCUGGUUCAGGCGCAAAACAUCUGUCUGUCCGGUGCCGGUGGACGUUCCGGAUGCAACGGUGACUCGGGCGGUCCUCUUGCAAUAACGGAAAAUGGACGCAGCCUGCAGGUUGGCAUUGCAUCGUUUGUCCACGGCACCGGAUGUGCCUCCGGUAUGCCGUCUGGCUUUGUACGCGUUACUCACUACCUGGAAUGGAUCGGCGAGAACUCGGAUGUGGUGCUGAGACAGUGAGAAACAUUUUUUGGGGGUGCCAUGAAUUGGUGAUUUGAAAAUAAAAGUUCGCCCAGGGGUGACCAUUAGUCAGGGGGUGAGAUUGUGUUAUUCAAAUUUGCAGAAAUUUGUAUGACUCAAUAUCACCUCCGGACUAAAUGUCACCACCGACGACGGUAGUUGUUGCAAUUUGUAGAUAUUCUUCUUAUUUUUGUUAUUCCCAAACUGAA